AUGACUACUCCUAUGGAACCUUGCUUGAAGUUAACUAAAGAUGAAGGAAAACUAUUGGAAGAUGCAACACUUUUUCGACAGCUUGUUGGUAGUUUAUUCUAUUUAACUAUCACAAGGCCUGACAUUUCAUAUUCUGUAAGAGUCAUCUCUCAGUUUAUGGACAAACCACGUGAGAGCCAUUUAAUUGCAGCAAAGAGGAUUCUUCGCUAUGUAAAAAGCACUCUGAACUUUGGGUUAUUGUAUAUGCAGCAUGCAUCAUUUCUUCUAACUGGUUUUGUAGAUGCAGACUGGGCUGGUGAUGUGAAUGAUAGGCGCUCCACAACAAGGUAUUGUUUUAAUACAGGUUCAGCAGCAGUCUCAUGGUAUAGCAAAAAGCAAACUACUGUUGCUCUUUCAAGUUGUGAAGCUGAAUAUGUAGCAGCUACUAUGGCCACUCAAGAGUGUAUUUGA